AUGCCGGCGCCCGAGGUGGUGGAGAAGAUGCGCGCGGGCGUGUACAUGCCCGAACCGGGGGAGGAGUUCUACAACACCAAGAACGUGGCGGACAUGCACUACCUGUUCACGAACGACAAGCUCAAGGAGGAGUCGCCCGCCGUGGUGCUGCGCUCCGACCCGUUCUGCAUCCCGCGGGUGACGGACAACGUGCCCAACUACAGGCCCAUGCUGAACCCGCUGAGCAUCUUCCUCGGGGAGGACAAGCUGCUGCCCGGCAACUUCCGACUGGACCCCGGCAAGCAGUUCCGAGGCAAGACCAGUGCGUUCAUGGGCACGAUGCCCCGUCAGACGGAGUUUGCAGAGAUCCCGGUGUCCGAGAAGCUGUUCCAGAACCACGAACUGUUUCGACCGUCGUCGUCGAUUCCACGAGUUCCAGCGUCUCCGAGGGAUAAGCCCUCGCUUUCGGAUGCGAUGUUGCUGUCGUCCAUUCAGCACACGCUGGACGUGACGACUGCUGCGCUGACAUCGACUGACGGCACCGUGCCUUCGCUAGACAGUGCCGCCAAUGCGCUAUCGUCGGCGUCUGAAACUGCGCCUACGUCAUCCGGAUACCAGAUCCAGCAGCUUCAGCCUCUGGAUUCGGUCGCGGAUACGCUCACCAACUAUUUGCCGACUCGCAGUGCUUCAUCUACGCAGGACGACGGACGGCCUAUGGAGGGACAAUACUUCAGCGCGCCAGGGGGAUACAUCAGCGCUCCGUACCCAGGUCUCUUUGUCGACAGCGGCGAGGCGCAACCCGCCAACCAGGGCAUGCAGUCCUUCCACAGUGCUCUUAGCGCGAUUUCAAUCACGACUCCGACCAACGGCGCGGCGCAGAUUCACACGGGUCUUAUCACUCCUCAGGGUGGUGCUGCAAGGUCCGGUGUGACUACACCGCGUCGUCCUGGAGCGAAGAAGCCGCGCGCGAAGAAUGUCUUUCGACCGUGCACUACCCCGGGCUGUACGAAGGGUGCUCGUGGCAAGUCUGGACUGUGUCAAAAGCACGGCGGCGGCAAGCGUUGUGCAGCUCCGAACUGUCCGAAGGGCGCACAAGGCAGCAGCAGCAUGUGCCUCUUUCACGGAGGUGGCUACCGCUGCACGGUUGAGGGAUGCACUACGGGUGCGCGUGGAACGUCGGGCUUGUGUGCCAAGCACGGUGGCUACAAGAAGGGCAAGGCUGGCGCGGCUAACGGGAAGCGCGGACCUGACGUAGAUGCCUCAGCAGCCAAACGCGUGCGCACCGACGAACCGGAGCAACCGCCAGCCACUGUCCAGGCAGACUAA